AGCUGAAACUUUUUGCUGCUUUUGUUCCGAAGUUUCUGUGUGCAGCGUUUAACUGGGAAUACCGGGAAUACUGGGAAUACCGAGGAUACUGGGACCCAGCGGGACGACACAGAGCCCUUACCCCCAAGAGGAGCCCGGUCUGAGGGGUUUAUUCCUUUGUUUUUCCUCCGGAGCUCCACCGACUCCUCUCCUUUCUCCAAUCCGCCUCUCCGAGCCUGUUUCUCGGCCUCGGAGGCCGCCGCGCGCCGCUCCUCUGCUCCGGAGCAGAAACUAAUCAUUUAAGAAGAACCAGAUGUGAGAGGAUUACCGGGACUAUACCCCCUCUGUGUCCGCUUUAACCCUCCACUCUUUGGGCCUGUGUUCUGGAAGAGUUCCUCCAUGAGGCUCCUCUGAGCACCGCCUCUCUGCCCGGAGAGGAGCCGCUGUUCCCGGGGAGAGGAGCCGCAGCUCCCGGGGAGAUGGAGGCUGAGAGCCGGGGCGCAGGGCUGGUGGUUCUGUUGCCGCUGCUGGUGCUCUGCUGCUGGGCAGAGGAAG